AUGUCCCAGCUGUAUUACCGCCGUACUGGUAACUCCUCAUAUCGAGACCGCAUCCCUCUGCGGAUUGUGCGGGCCGAAUCAGAAUUAUCCCCCCUAGAGAAGGCCUACCUGAAUGCUGUAGAGAAGGGUGACUAUGCCAGUGUGAAGCAAGCCCUGGAGGAGGCUGAGAUCUACUUCAAAAUCAACAUCAACUGCAUUGACCCACUUGGCCGCACAGCCCUACUUAUCGGCAUUGAGAAUGAGAACCUGGAGAUCAUCGAACUCCUGCUCAGUUUUAAUGUAUACGUGGGUGACGCGCUGCUCCAUGCCAUACGCAAAGAGGUGGUGGGUGCUGUAGAGCUACUGCUCAACCACAAGAAGCCCAGUGGGGGCAUGCAGGUGCCUCCUAUUCUGCUGGACAAACAGUUUUCUGACUUCACCCCUGACAUAACGCCCAUUAUUUUGGCUGCUCACACCAACAAUUAUGAAAUCAUCAAGCUUCUGGUGCAAAAGGGUGUUUCGGUGCCCCAGCCACAUGAGGUGCGCUGCAAUUGUGUGGAGUGUGUAUCUGGCUCAGAUGUGGAUAGCUUGCGGCACUCACGCUCCCGUCUCAACAUCUAUCGCGCACUGUCCAGCCCAUCAUUGAUCGCCCUGUCCAGUGAAGACCCAUUCCUCACGGCUUUCCUCCUCAGCUGGGAGCUGCAGGAGCUCAGCAAGGUGGAGAACGAGUUCAAGGCUGAAUAUGAGGAGUUGUCGCACCAGUGCAAACAAUUCGCCAAGGACCUGCUGGAUCAGACACGCAGCUCACGAGAGCUUGAGAUCAUACUCAAUUACAGAGAUGACAUAAAUCCUCUGGAGGAUGAGGGCAACAACAAUGAUCUUGCCAGGCUCAAACUGGCCAUCAAGUACCAUCAGAAGGAGUUUGUAGCACAGCCAAACUGUCAGCAGCUUCUAGCAUCCCGCUGGUAUGAUGAGUUUCCAGGUUGGAGGAGACGCCACUGGGCCGGCAAGUUUGUCACAUGCAUUUUCAUCGGCCUCCUGUUCCCUCUCUUCUCCAUCUUCUAUCUGAUAGCCCCCAAGAGUCACUAUGGCCUUUUUAUCCGCAAGCCCUUCAUCAAGUUCAUCUGCCACACUGCCUCUUACCUGACCUUCCUCUUCCUCCUUCUUCUGGCCUCCCAGCAUGUGGUCACCACAGACUCGGGUCGGCAGGGUCCAGCUCCCACCACUGUGGAAUGGAUGAUACUGCCUUGGGUGCUCGGAUUUAUAUGGGCUGAGAUCAAACAGAUGUGGGAUGGAGGCUUUCAAGAUUAUGUCCAUGAUUGGUGGAACCUUAUGGAUUUUGUCAUGAAUGCUCUCUAUCUAGCCACUAUCUCUCUAAAGAUUGUAGCUUACACAAAGUACAGUGACGUCAAACCCAGGAAUGAUUGGGAGAUGUGGCAUCCUACCCUGGUGGCAGAGGCACUAUUCGCCAUUGCCAACAUCUUUAGUUCGCUGCGCUUGAUCUCGCUCUUCACAGCUAACUCCCACCUGGGUCCUCUGCAAAUCUCUCUGGGCCGCAUGCUACUGGACAUCCUUAAAUUCCUAUUUAUCUACUGCCUUGUACUUCUGGCUUUUGCGAAUGGCCUCAACCAGCUAUAUUUUUAUUAUGAAACUGAGGCUUCAAACAAGACAGGGAACUGCAAGGGUAUUCGCUGUGUACAGCAGAAUAAUGCAUUCUCCACGUUAUUUGAAACCCUCCAGUCUUUGUUCUGGUCCAUAUUUGGCCUCAUCAGUCUGUAUGUGACCAACGUUGACCCAGAACACCAGUUCACAGAGUUUGUUGGAGCCACCAUGUUUGGAACCUAUAACAUUAUUUCUCUGGUAGUGCUUCUCAACAUGCUAAUUGCCAUGAUGAACAACUCGUAUCAACAUAUUGCUGAUCAUGCUGACAUUGAGUGGAAGUUUGCUCGAACUAAGCUAUGGAUGAGCUACUUUGAAGAGGGAGGUACUUUGCCUCCUCCAUUUAAUAUAAUUCCCAGCCCUAAGUCUGCAUGGUACCUGAUCAUGUGGAUCAAGAAGCACAUCUGCAAGAGGACAAGAUCAGAGAGAACUGCGACUUUUGGGUCAAUUAGUAGGAGAGCUGCAAGGAAUGUCCACAUCAAUCACCAGUAUCAGGAGGUGCUGCGAAACUUGGUGAAGCGGUACGUGGCUGCAAUGAUCAGAGAUGCCAAGACAGAAGAAGGCCUAACAGAGGAGAACUUCAAGGAGCUAAAACAGGACAUUUCUAGUUUCCGAUAUGAAGUGUUAGGAAUGAUGAAAGGAAACAAACCUUCCAAAGGAAGUACAGGGGCCUCAAACAUGGCCUAUUCUGACCAUCCUAUGAAGUGUUCAACAUCUCCUACCGGAGAACCACUGAAGAGCAAGCUUAAACUGUUUAAUGUCACUACCUCUAUUCUUCAACAAAAUUCAAAAGCAAAUACAAAGAAUACAGAACACUACCUUGCUAAUGGGUCCAUCCGUACACCAUCAGAAACCACGUCAAGCAACAGGACAAGUGGUUUCUCUGGAUUGUAUCACCAAAUCUGGCAUAGGGGGACAAACGAUCCUGGCAGGAUUUAUUCGGUGUGUGAAGAGGUUGGAGAGUCAGAUACAGAGGAACUGGGGGAGAAAACCAAGAAUGACAAACCCUCUGAGCCAUUCAUUAUGAAAAAGGCCAAUGAAAAUGAAAUGGAUGAAAGCAGUAAUGAGACAAAAGAAGUGCACAAAAUGAUAGAGGAAAGAAACAGAUUUUCUGACAUACCAUGUAUAUGUGACAAAGACGUGAAUGACGAGAGUACUGAAAAUUAUGAAGAAAUCAGCAGAUUAUAGUAGCAUACAACCACUAUGAGAGGGACAAUCAGACACCAGUUAAGGCAAACUGUAGUAGCUUCUUUGGGAAUCAACUUCUCUGAACUGUUACAGAUAUCCAUUCUUCAGUCUUUAAGAUUCUAGAGAAAGGUGUUGAUUGAGACCAUAAACAGUAAACAUUUAAAAUGUACAGGUUGCCUGAAUCACCAAUAUAGUGCAUGUACAUGCCCUGCUGAGGAUUUCUCUGAAGGAGACUCAGGGAUGACUGUCAUUUUGGGAGUAUUCUAGGGAUUGGAAGCUAUGGCCACAAAAGGAUAUGUUGACAGUAAUUUCUGUCCAUUAGCACCUUUGUUUGACUCUGUGGUUUCAACUUGGUAUACAUAUCUUAGCAAGCUUUUAUAAUCAAUAUUCUACUGGUUUAAUUGCUCAUCACAAUAAAAUAAAAUUGCAGGUGUAAUAAUGGAAGCAUCAGAAGCAAUUGGCCAGGUGAGGCUUUUCUUAAUAGAGUUUUGGAACUAUUUAAAAAUUUUCCAGAAACAUCUGUAUAAUAAAUAUUGGCACAGGCAUGAGCCCACAGAGCAAAAUAAAACAUCUUCAAAAGUUUUCAGGAUGGCUGCCUGAAGCUGACCAAUGCCUGUUCACUACCCUGAAGUUUCACAUACAGUUGUUCUCAUAAAUUUACAUACGCCUUGCAGAAUCUGCAAAAUGUUAAUAAUUUAAAAAAUAAGAAUAAUAAGAAGGUUCAUUAAAAUUGCAUUUUGCUUUUUUAUUUAGUACUGCCAUGAAUAAACUAUUUCACAUAACAGAUGUCCACAAGACACAAUACUAACUGAAUUAACACAAAUGAAUCAGUUCAAAAGUUUACAUAGCCUUGAUUCUUAAUACUGUGUGUUGUUACCUGGAUGAUUAAUGACUGUUUUUAUGUUUUGUGAUAGUUGUUCAUGAGUUCCUUGUUUGUCCUGAGCAGUUAAAUUGCCCACUGUUCUUCAGGAAAAAUCCUCCAGGUCCUGCACAUGUUCUUUUCCAGCAUCUUCUGCAUAUUUGACCCCUUUCCAAAAGUGGCUAUAUGAUUUUGAGAUACAGCUUUUCACACUGAGCACA